AGAAAGCUCUGUGCGUGUGUACGUGUGUGUGUGGCGCAUGUGGUCGAAUAUCACAAAGAAACUCUCGAGUUAGGCCUAAUUAACGCGUUGUACUUUCGUUUUGUUCAUUCAAGUUUUUCAACACCAAGAUUCAGGAAGUUGUAAACAAUAGGAAGCUGAAAUGGCCGUUGAAAAUGUGGCAGACGAUUCACAGAAACACCCCCUCGCUGGGACCGGCGAGGACAUCACCCCUGACAAGGAUGGAGGAGUCUUAAAGGCCAUUGUGAAAGAGGGUGAUACCACUGGGGAAGAACGGCCCAUGAAGGGGGAUACAGUCUACGUGCAUUAUGUUGGGACUCUCAUGAACGGGGAAGAGUUUGACUCGAGUCGGAGGAGGAAUGAAAAGUUUUCUUUCAAAUUGGGAGAAGGACGAGUGAUCAAGGGCUGGGACAUAGGCGUGGCUACAAUGAGAAGGGGGGAGGUGUGCGUUCUCACCUGUAGUGCAGACUACGCAUACGGCAAAAAUGGUCAAGGCAAGAUUCCGGCCGAUGCGACGUUAGUCUUUGAGGUGGAGCUCUUUGAUUGGUCAGGAGAAGACCUGAGUGAGAGUAAAGAUGGCGGCAUCAUGCGACGAGUGAUUAAGGAAGGGAAGGGAAUGGACAAAGCGACAGAUGACUCUAGCGUUGAUGUUCAUAUUGUCGGCAAGCAUGGCGAUACCGUCUUUGAUGAACGUGACGUCAGCUUUCUGAUGGGAGAAGGUUGUGAACACAACAUUCCAGAGGGUUUAGAGAAAGGUCUGUCCGAGAUGCUGGACGGAGAGACGUCCCAAUUCACGAUUCUGCCCAAGUAUGGAUUCGGAAGCCAAGGUUGUCCGGAGUUGAAUGUUCCUUCCAAUGCCACUCUCAAGUACACCGUCACUCUCAGCAAAUUAGUCAAGGCCAAGGAAUCCUGGGAGAUGAACGCUGCAGAGAAGCUGAGCGCAGCUGAGAGAUCCAAGGCGAAAGGAACGGAGUAUUUCAAGGCGGGUAACUUCCAGAAAGCCAUCAAACAAUACAAGAAGGUUGUGGAUUUCUUGGACUCGGACUCGGACUUCUCAGAUGAACAGAAGACGACAUCCAAGGAGAUCCUUUUGGCCGGACAUCUGAACCUAGCUAUGGCGUACAUCAAGAGUAAAGACAAUGCUGAAGCUAUCAAUUCGUGCGACAAGGCCUUGGAGCUAGACGCCAAUAACGUAAAGGGGCUGUUCCGGCGAGGUCAAGCCCACUUGGCCCUGUCGGAUCCCGUCUUGGCCAGGAACGAUUUCCGUCGGGCAGUUGAGCUGGACCCCGAGAACAAGGCCGCUAAGAACCAACUGACGAUAUGCCAGCACAAGAUUAAACAAGCCGUGCAAAAGGAGAAGAAAAUCUACGGUAACAUGUUUGAGAAGUUUGCUGAGCAGGAUCGCAAGGCUGAAGCAGCGAAAAUGACCAGUAAGCCCCCUCCCGACUUUGGCGGCGUUUUCAGCAAGGAAGAGGUACAAGCAGCAAGCGAGGUAGAAAAUGAGACAUCAAACAGCGGUGAUGCACCCAACGAUGCACCCAGCGAUGCACCCAGCGAUGCACCCAGCGAUGCACCCAACGAUGCACCCAACGAUGCACCCAGCGAUGUACCCAGCGAUGCACCCAGUGAUGCACCCAGUGAAACAAAAGCAGAAGGCACGGAAGAGGUAGAGGUAUAAGGAUAGCCCUACAACUGUUUCAUGUGUUAUACUGACCAUUGUGAAAUUUUAUAUGGAUUACUCUGGAGCAAAUCUUAGAAAUCUUAGAAAACCUGUGCAAAAAUAAAACCAACAAAAAAAGCAUGUAAAUUAGAAAUAUACGUGUAGUGAUAGACAAUUUCUGAAUUGAGCUUUAUAAAGGUAGGAUAUAUUAUUUGUCAUUUGUGCAUUUUUUUUUUUUGAAGCAACAAAUUGCUCAAAAUGUCAAGACGGGUGCACUGAUAACAACUCAAUAACCUGAUGAAGUUUUAGCUCUGUGAAUGCUGUAUUUCCAAGAAAACAAUAUUCUAGGAACUUGGUUUCAAUUCAAAAGUCGCCGAGUCAUGUUUUGAAUUGCGCCCGAAAUCAGCGUCUGGGACUCGUUCUCAUUCAACCGAUCGCAGCUUUGCGAUGUCACACACUGAGCCAACAAAGAGUGUGCUGUGUCAAAGCGUGUGGCACCCAUUCACGGAUUUGCCGAAUUACAAACCAACUACUAACGGAAAUUUCCAAA